CUUUUUAAUGUCACCUCAAAUGUCCCAAACUCUCGGUGGAUUUCUUGUUGACGACAGCAAGGAAUUUGGAAAAGUCAAUAAUUUCAAACUUGACGGAACAUAUCAAUACUAUAGCUCCGUGGAUCCUAAUCAUCUGGAAUCUCUGUCUCUUACAAUAAAGGGCAAGGAAGUUAAUAUAAAAUUGUUUGGAUUUGUCAUUAGAUAUUUUAUUAUAUUGCAACAAAAUUAUUUUGGUAUUUUCAUCAAUUUUAUGACGUUGAAGGAAUUUCUUGACAAGCACGAUCCCAAGCGGGCGGAGAAAUCAUUGAAUUUACUUUCUGAGGCCAACAAGGCAUCCGUUGAUCCCUUUGAAGUUUACAUGACAAUGAUUGUCGAAGAUGGCACCAUAAUACUCCCUGAGAAUUUAUAUAAUUGCAAUCAAUCUUCCACGAUGCAUUUUCACGAGCUUCAAGUAGAUCUUAGAAAUUUGGAUGUCUAUAUGGAUAUGGAUGUGACCUUUGGUCCCAUAACGUGGUUGCUAAAUACAGAGAAUACCGUCAAGAAGUCUACAUUAAAAUCAAGAUCUUCCAGAGACCAGAAUCUAAAUGUAUACGCACACCGUUUGUACGGUCCAUUACCUAAAACUGCUACCUAUGUUUGUAAUUGGGACAUUAAUGUGGGCGCCAUUUCUGGACAAUUGAAACCGUCAUUUCUAUUGAGCGCAACUUCGUUCGGUAAGGCGUUUGGUUAUCACUUCGUCGAUGACGAGAAUGCAUUGCCCGCCAUGUAUGUCGUUCCCCUUGACCCGGAUGUAACAUUUUUGAACGUAAACAUCAAGGAAAUUGACAUUUCUGUGAGGGGACGUGAUAGUGCUACUCAAAUUCUUCUCAAGGAGGGAUUGAGCAUAAAGUUUGACGAUCUUGCCAAUGAAAGAUUCACAUCAAAAGUUGCUCUUAAUUUGCCCGUCAUAAUUGUUAGAAGCUUAGCGUUAUCUUCAGGACCUUCAUUCACGAGCAAUUUCGAUUAUUCCACGGAACCUGAAAUUCAUCCUUGGGUAGAAGUUGCAAGCCUCGAGUGUUCAUUUGAUGCUACUCUGUUCAGAACAACAUCAGGGUGGAAGAAAAGAGUUGAAGAUCAACAAACAUAUAUACGGGAGCAGGAUCAAGAAACCUUGCGAGUGCCUUUCCUGUACGGAUCCAACGCUAACUCCCAAGGAGAUCAAUUUGAUUCAAACGGUCAUCACUUUGGCUCACUCUACGUUCCCCCCAUGCCAACCCCAUUACCGGCCGAUACUGACGCUGCAUCCGUCUUGUACAAUGAGAGCAGAAAUUCAUCAUUUGUGGAUAUUUCGAGCAAUCCCAAGAGGAAGUUUCAUGAAUUCCUUGGUCGCAACUAUGAUUCCGAUCAAGAAUAUGACGAUUUGUCGACUCGAGUCGAUGAUGACAGUAUUUCCAUCACAGGAUCAGGUCUUAGCAUUUCAAACACCUCGUUUCACACUGCAUCUGACGGAGAUGAUCUUUCGGAUAGCGACGAUAGCCACGAAACUAUUAGGGACACCGUAAUAUUUAGCAGAGAUUCCGACAAUGGUUCCGACGAAAGUGAGCAAGAACGAUCACCCGACAUUGACGCGCAUCAGCUGAUGUCAUCUCCAAUUUCAAGGUCGAUUCCUUACGGAAGUUAUCUAAGACGGUAUAGAGUGAUUCAUAGUAAAACGUUUGCCGCUUCGUUCGCAAGUUCAUUUCUUGGUCCACCUCGCAUGUCAUUUGUCUCGUCCAAGCAAAAGGUUGAUGAAAGUGAGGAAAAAGUUACCAUCGUGUUUGAAACAAAAAGGACCAUUAAAGUGGUAUUGACCCCUGUCUUUUUGAAAAUUAUUGAAGAGGUCUUGGAAGCCAUUAAAGACGAGACUUGGGAUAUCGAGGCAAUGCUGGACAUGAUGCAGAGGGAUCAUGUCGGUGAACUUACCCGAAAAUUUCUCUUUAAAUACACGACGACGAGGUUUACUGCUUCAAUACCUCGAGUUCACUUACAAUUCAUACAAGAUGUUUUACUUCCUGAUGAUUUAAACACCACAAACGAAGAGCAUCCUGGAGUCAGGACGAGAUAUGAUCCAACAGACACUACGUUAUGCGCGGUUGCGGAUCUCAUUUUAGAUCGGUGCCAAAUUUCGGUGAUGGUAAAAUUGGUGGAUGAAAACUUUAAAAAUAAGUCAGAUAGAACUUCGCCUUCCUUUAAACUAACAGAAUCCAAACUUAUCUUGGAUUUUGAUUCGCUAAAACUCAACGUGCGUUUCGUCACUGGUUCAAAUUCACUUGGCAUUUUUGGGAUACCAGAGUCCGUGCACCGAUUUGGAGAAACGGGUGUAUCAACAUCAGACUUGUUAAAUAAUGAGCCGGUUGUAUUGGAUCUAUCCUUGGAUGAUUUGAAGUUAAGAUGGAUGGGGCGUACGCAACCAAAUCAUUUCUCAUUCGACAUGGAUUCUUUUGAGGGAAUUUUUAUAAGUCAAUCUGCCGAAAUAUUGACUGGUGCAAUAUACUGGUGGUUGGUUUUUGCGGAGGAUCUUUCAAACAUAUUAAAAAAUUUUCAAAAACAUCAUAGACAACAACUACAAUAUUUAAUUUAUAGCAUCGCACAAUAUUCUGAUAUCAAUUCUAUUGAAAGUGAUCCACACUAUCUAACAAGGCCAUCUCACGUGCUUAGAUUGGGCGCGGCAAAAUUAAAGAAUGACAAUGGAUGGAAAAUCCUAGGUCGAGUGAGACACAUCAAAAGACUUAUGGAACGGGAAAGGCUGAAAAGACUGCAGAUCGCCCUGAAAACUGAAACGCGGUUAUUUUCGAUGGAUCGUAAUGAAAUGUAUGAACGUGUGGUUCGCAUUUUCUCCCGUUGGAGAAACUGGGAGAUGACUAAUAUGUCGGCUUGCCGAUUAUUCACCGAGCUUUUUCAACAGCCUAAUACUGGUUCUGCGCAAGUCAAUGCUGUAGAAGAGAUCUACCGAUUCUUAGUAAAAUCAAUAAAUAUUGGCCACUUCCACUUUGGCAUCAUUAGGAUAUCCGUUUGGGAAGGGAAACAAGUGAAUUCUGUGGAGUUAGGUCCAAUUAAGGUGGAUUUGGAAACUCGAUAUCAAAAGGAUAAUCUGCCUUCCGUCGAAGUCACUCGACCAAACACCGAUCCGCUUACCGAGGCCGAACCGGCCCAGGUUUCCAGUGUUAUUUCUGGAUGCCUGGAUGUCGCCUUCAGGAUUAUAAUUGAGAGGAUUGGCGUUGAUGUGAAUCCUGAUAUGCUUGCAUUUGCUAAGCACUGGUUGAAGGUAAACCGUGUGUUCACCUCCAAGUUCGAAGCAUUGUCAUCACGUAAGGAACCCGUGGGCUCUCGCGAACCGUCAUCCCCGUUAUCCGAGGUCUAUAAGCAUCGGUCUACCGCAACGAUUACCAGUUUGCAGGACCUGAAAUCCUCCAGAGAUAAAAGGCGAAAAGACGAACCAAUUUCUAAAUUUAACAUUAGAGAUUUGCUUGCACGAAUUAAUAUUUUUGGUCAAGGGAUAUUUGUGUUGAGAAUGAUUGUGGUCACUGCUUCUGCCCAUAAUUUAAUAGCGCAGACUAAGUUGACAAAUAUUAAUUUUUCUACCUGGUUCAACAACCCCAAGAUCCUCCAUUCCGUUGACAAACAGGAUCCGGAAGGCGUAUCAGUUAACAAAGGUUCUGUGCAUCCGGGUUCAAGAGGAAGCAGCGGCAAGAAUUCGAAUAUUUUGAUUUUCUCUGGCUUUGGCGGCGUUGAAGAGGUUUCGGUCAUGAUUAUAGAAAAAAUGUACACAGGAUCCAAUACCACACUAUUAUCUAUAGAGCUUUCGCGGAUUAACACUAACGUCGCGAUUGGUUCUUUGAUACCCGGGCGUCCCAAGAGUUCCGAUUUUCAUAUGGAGCUCAAUGUUUUUUUGGCACUUCAGGGAAUUGUCGUUAAGCUUCCGCAAAGUCUACUCAAACUUUAUAAUUUCUUUGAAAAGUGGAAGACCGAGAAUUUACCGAGUUAUGAUUUCUUGUACAAAAAGUUGUUAGAUGAAUGGGAGGAACAACGAAAAAUGCCGACGGCAGUUAGUCUUCGGGCUCAAGAAAAGAAUCCCAACGCCACAAAAAGUUCUCUGAGUGUCAAGUUUCAAUUUUUGAUGAAAAAAUUUUCUCUCCAGUCGCACAUGCUUCCAUCUCUCAAAUUUCAUUACGAUGCUUGGGAAUUCCUCGUUCAUUUGGAACAGAACACCACUCCUCUUGGGGGAAAUUUGAUCAAAUAUUCCGGACAAUUGGCUGGUCAAGAAGUUCAUUUUGUCACUCGUCAAAAAAAUCAAACAAAACAAAAUGAAAAAGCUUCAAACAUUAAAUUGGAAGAUCACCAAAAGGAAGCUGCAUUCCCUAUACCAGCAAUCAGAACCAUUGGUAGUGUCAAACCUUUUGAAUAUCGAAAGUUUGCGGUUGGAAAUGUUAAGAAAACAGUAAAUCCUCUGAUGCCGAAACAUCUGAAGUUAGAAUCGCUAGUGUUUUUGGAUUUCGUGAAACUAAGUCUGAAUGUUAAUAUUAUUGACAAUUUGUUGACCGCGCAAUCUCUGCUCGGCAGCGAAAUAAGUGACGCGCUCGAUGUAUUUUUAUUUUCGUCGAAAAAGAUGAAGGAACUUGGGACCGCUUCAAAAACGAUGGAUCUUUCACCCAAGGAAAUGGAUUCCUCGCGUACCAUUGAAAAAGAAAAGUUGUAUUACAACCUCAGGAUUUCCCUUAGAGGUUUAAAAAUAUCAGCGGUGAGCCCUUCGGCUGUUGGAUUUUUUGAAACGAAGACUUUAUACGGGCACAUCACAAAUGUUCCCGUUUCAGAUGUCCCGGAGUUAACAAAACUGGAAUGGAAGUUUUCUGCGCAAAACUUCUCACUGUCUCUUAAUCACAACACGGGUGUCAAAAGACAGGCUACGGGAGAUGACGACAUUCGAAGAUAUAGGAUUGCUUAUAUUGUUAUUGAUUUGGCUCUACAAAAUUUCAAGAACAGGGGCGAAAAGUCGAACAUGUCCAGCAAAAAAAUCUCAAAAAAAGCAAUGAUUCGGUUGAACACAUUGAAUCGUCGCCUAAUUGAUUUGUACGUUUACUACAGUAGCGAGUUGGUCCGUCGAAAAGAAAUGAAGGCAGCGGAAAUUAACAAAUUGGCUGAAAAUACUCGCAAAAUAUGGAGGUCGCUUAAUGUUGAAGUGCCUAAAUAUAAAUCGAGCAAUAAAUCAUUAUUAGAUGAAAAGGUUUUAUCGCUCGAGAUUACGAGGUUUGCAGUUGCCCUUCCGCUCGAUCUGCAAGAAGAACUUUUGCCAACCAACGAUGGAUCCUUUGCGAAUGCAUCACAAAUUCCAGCAUUUAUACUAUCCGCAUCCUCAAUGAAUUUCAUUACGAGAAAAUUGGAAUCUAGUCGCGCGGUUAUCAAGGAUCUAUGUCUUCAAUUCGUGAAACAAUUUGAUCAAGGAAAUGAGGAACACUUUUCUUCUCAUUCCCAUCAAAAAAUAAACCGAAUUUCACUUCCGGAAAUUUCAUUUGAAGGAAAUUCGAGUGGUGCUAAAGAAAAGAAAAGAGUGGACAUAGACUCUAGGGUUGAAGGCUUUGAAAUUGAUAUAGGCGGUGAUAUUGUUAAUCAUAUAAACAGCCUUGGUGAAAUAUACGCCGCGAGUCGAGAUCGCCUAGAAACAUUCACCGUUGAAGCAAAUUUAAGUUUAGGAUCGCAACAUCCACAGCCAAAAUCUCCAAUCAGCUCCGAAAUUCCAGAUUCACAGGCUGACACCGCAAUCUCAAAUGCUAUUAAUUUGGAUCUGGAGAUUAGAUUUACUGCUAAGAGUGGGACGAUAAAAUUAUAUUCGAAAAGUCACUUGGCCAAAAACGCAAAGAAGGUAACAAGCGUUAAGAUGUCGGACAAAUCUAAGGCAUCAUCACGUGGCUCACGAAACAGUAUUGCUCGAUUGAAUUUGGAUGGCACGUCUAAUUUCAUUUCAACAAAUUUGGACGAUAUGUCAAGAGAACAUGGCAUAGAUACCAUUAUAAUACCGGGUCUUAGUAUAAAUACCAUGUAUCGGACAAUUUUAGGACAACCUCUUUCCACAAGGGAUUCUUUAACGAAGCGCAUACAUAUAGAGCUCGUCAUUCAUCCAAGUUCAAAUACAUUAUAUCCUUCUUUGGUACCAUUUUUCAAGGACAUUAUUGAUGGCCUCAAAAUCGGUGUACAGAGGUCUAGUGACAAGAAAGCCAUAGCUGACAAUGAAAGUUCCUCUACAAUUUAUGGCAUGAAUAUUACUUGUUAUUUCAAGCUCUCACGUACAACCUUUGAACUUAGUUGCCUGCCUGUAUCAAAAGUGGGUUGCUUUCUCAACUGGGAAGAAGGAAACUUUCUUAUAUCAUCGAAUAGUGCGGAACUGGGGGGUCAAAGUUUGACAUGUGUUGGUAAAAUUAAAGGGGCCUCGGGGAAUGUCCGCCAUGCCUUUUCUCCUGAAGAUUGCUUGAAAGCUGAAACCAAGAAUAUUUCAUUCAACGCAACUCUUAUGAGUAGAAGAACCGAGAGUGUUUCUGACGAUUCGAUAUCAAUAAUUGUAGAGUUUCCCCAAAUUAUGGCUAACCUGAACAUUCGUCAUUUGCAAGAUUUGUUGCUUUUAAAGACAACCUGGUUUGAUCAGGCCACAAAGCUGUAUGAAGAGAGCGUUUUGCAGUCAUCCCGUUCAGUAGGUAUCGAAUACGACAGGCAUGCAUCAUCUUCAUCUUCACCUGUACCCACGCAAGAAGAGGAAACCAAUGUCAAACCAUAUUCAGUUUAUGUACUGAUGAGACUGAAACAGUUGGAUCUAUCCAGCGAUUUAGGUCAGGCGAUUGGAAGGAUGCGCUUUAAUACCCAAAAUAUACAAGUACGCACGAAAAACAUUCCCGGAAUGGUGAAACAGCUUAAAGCGUCAACUGACAUUCUUGACAUACAUUGCGAUGGUCGUCUUAUUGGAUAUGCAAACAUGACUGGGCUCACCUUUUCAACAUUGCUUGGAGUACCUCCACGUUCAACCUCUGAUGGUCCGACAUGUGUUACAAGUUUAUUAUUUAAGACAGAAAGGAUUCAAUCAUCUUUGGAAUACGAAUAUCAAAAAAUCUUGGUGUUAGAAGUAGAUCCAAUGCAAUUCAAACUUACAGACAGUUGGAGCAUUACAUCUCCCGAAAAAGCUUCUGUAUUAGUUCAUGCAGACAUAUCUCUGAGGCGAAUUCAGGCAAUUGCUGCCAUAAAGACAAUACCCAUAUUUCUCCAUAUGAUUAAUAGACUUUUGGCAUUAAUUGAAGAGAAGAGGUCCUCUGCGGCCAGCGUUAUCUCAGACUCGACACAAGCUACCACCAAUCUUCUUCAUUUACCUAAUACACUAGCUCUUACACCAACGUCUAAUGAAAAUCCACAUGUGUCGGCAGGAUUCAACGAAUUUAUAGUUGGGGGACUGUCGGUUCAUCCGGUUGGAAAAAUUACAAUAAUGAUGGAAAAGGCUCAAAUUACAAUCUAUCCAAAUCAUUUUCACGACACCGAUUACGUACAAAAUAGAUUUGACGGAUUUUUGGUUGAUAUGAAAAGAUUCAUUGGGGAUGAAGAGAAAAUCCAUAGAGAGCUCGAUGUUCAACUUAAUGCGAUAGUGUUAACCAAGAAUUCAUGCAAAAAACUUGAUAUUAAAGAUGAACAAGGUUUAUCAUUUCAACAAUGGUUUGAACAUGUCGAACCUUCUUCGUCAAAGAAUAUCUUUACGCUUCCAAGCACACAUCUGAUAAUGAACACAGAACAAGGAGUGGGUAGCACUGUGGUUGACCAUAAAUUUGAAGUUGAUUUCAGAGGAAAACUGGAUGUCGCGUUGAAUUUUGGAUUAAUCAGAUACCUUCAAGAGUUGGCUGCGUUAUAUAAAGAACAGUUAAGAAAGAAUGCAAUAGGUUCUGAUGGCGAUCUCCCGAAAUCACCGGUAAUACCGAUGACAACUAAUGAAGGCUUGCCACUAGAGUCUCCGGUAGCACAAUCGUUGCUGAGUAAAGAACCAGCUGGUGGAACCACCAGUGGGGUAGAGAACGUCGAAAAAGAUGAAUCAAGUAAAGUUGAAAUAGAAUAUAACCCCAUAGUACCGGUUAAGCUAGAACCACAACUGCGUUACCUUGGAGAUGCAACACCACCAUUAGAGUGGGCAGGAGUGCAAAGGGCGAAGAUACCUGGUCUUGUUCAUAUCGGUAUUACAAUGAAUUUAGAUGAGAUCAUUAAUUAUAUUACUAGCGAAUCAUUUAAAGCCGCGAAGACAUUUUUGUGA